UCUUUAUUGAUAACCUAUAGAUUUACACAGACAUACGUAUAUAUCUCUAUGCAUAUAUAUAGGUGGUUGCCAAGCUUACCCAACUCUCUGUCUACAACUUGCAAUAACAUUUACUCUCUCAGAAGAUAGACCGAGACAGAGAGAUAAAGAGAAAAAAAAGUAAGAGAGAAAACAGAGUAUAUUAUCUGUUUUGUUCAUUGAUCAAAACAGAGUCUUAGAAAGAACCAGAAGAAGAGAGAAAUGGGGAGACAACCAUGCUGUGACAAAGUAGGUUUGAAGAAAGGACCAUGGACUGCUGAAGAAGACAGGAAGCUCAUAAACUUCAUCCUCACCAAUGGACAAUGUUGUUGGAGAGCUGUUCCUAAGCUUGCUGGUCUUCUCAGGUGUGGCAAGAGUUGUAGACUUCGUUGGACAAAUUAUCUCAGACCAGAUCUAAAGAGAGGUCUUCUCUCUGAUUACGAGGAGAAGAUGGUCAUUGAUCUCCAUUCCCAACUUGGCAACAGGUGGUCAAAGAUAGCUUCUCAUUUACCAGGUAGAACAGACAACGAAAUCAAGAACCAUUGGAACACUCACAUCAAGAAGAAGUUAAGGAAAAUGGGGAUAGAUCCUCUCACUCAUAAACCUCUCUCCAUCGUCGAACAAGAUGAAGAAGAACCCAUAAAGAAGCUGCAGAAAACAUUCGAGGAGGGACCAACUAGUAACAGCAAGAACAUGUCCUUGUGUUACAAUGAACAGAUCAUGGCGAUAAAUAAUGAGUAUGGAGUUGAAGAAGUCCCUCUGAUUGAUCCAGAGUCUUUAGAGCUUAUAUGCAGCAACUCUGUAAUGUCUUCUUCAUCCACAUCAACGUCUUCGAACUCCUCCAAUGAUUCGAGUUUCUUAAAAGAUUUGCAGUUUCAGGAUUUCGAUUGGUCGGAUUACGGUAAUGAUAAUAACAAUAAUGGUGUGGACAACAUUAUAGAGAACAAUAUGAUGAGCUUGUUGGAUGUUGAUGACUUUAGCAAUUGGGAUUUGCUGCUAAAUGAUGAUAUUCCUCAGAGUUCUUCCACUUUUAGGUUGUUUUGAAUUCGUUUUGAAGUCUGUACUCACUUUUAUAAAAUGGAAAAUAUGGAGGGGCAGAAGAACCUAAAUACCCCUCUUUACUCAAUUUUUGUGGGUGGGAUGAAAAAAACGUUUUAUUUGUGAAACAGUUAGAACAAAUAAUAUAUAUUUAUUUUGUACAGACAAAAAAUGUUAGAGAGGAUUGUGUUGUGUCUAUGUAUCUUUACAAUUGUUCUAAUGUGGUGUUUUUCGGUCCACUUCUGCUUGUAUUUUGGGCUCCAUACUUCCACGUGUUCAGGUUUACAAUCACUUAUAGUUAAAAAAAAAGUACUC